AUGGACGUGUUAGCGAAUUACAGUAUCUUUCAGGAACUCCAGCUUGUGCAUGACACUGGCUACUUCUCUGCGAUGCCAUCGCUGGAGGAGAACUGGCAGCAGACAUGUCUGGAGCUUGAGCGAUAUCUACAGACGGAGCCCAAGAGGCUCUCGGAGCUCUUUGACGAGGAGCUGGACUGCCUUCUCACGCCGGCCUACAUGAAGGGCGAGAGUGAUGAGGACUUGAUGGAUCCCCUCCUACCAAGUCUCCCUGACCAGCCUAGCCCUCCUCCACUCCUCGUGUCCCUUCCCAAAGCCUUUCACGCCCCCAGCAGCACCGCUAAGAGCCCGGAAUCAGGGGCGAAGGAAGGGUCUGGCGGAGUGAACCCUGCCCAACUGAGCGCCGUCACCUCCCUCACGCCGCCCUCCUCGCCCGAGUUGGGCCGUCACCUCGUCAAGCCCACGCAGACUCUGACCGCCACGGCCGAUGGGACGCUCACGCUCAAGCUAGUGGCCAAGAAAGUGGGACUGGGAGCAGCCAAGCUGGUGGCCACCACACACGCACUUCCUUCACCACCCAGUCGAGGGGCACAGAGCGACGGGGAGCAAAGCGGACCAGGGAUGAUGAGCGGUGGGGAUAUCCCUGAGAACAAGAAGAGGGUCCAUCGCUGCCAGUUCAACGGCUGCAGAAAGGUUUACACCAAGAGCUCCCAUCUGAAAGCGCAUCAGAGGACUCACACAGGUGAGAAGCCCUACAAAUGUUCCUGGGAAGGAUGUGAAUGGCGUUUUGCCCGAAGUGAUGAGCUGACGAGGCACUAUCGCAAACACACUGGAGCAAAGCCCUUCAAAUGCAACCACUGCGACAGGUGUUUCUCUAGGUCUGAUCACUUGGCUCUGCACAUGAAGAGGCACAUCUGAGGAGGUGGAGAGAUGGAGUGAAUGAAGGAGAGAGAGAGAGAGAGAGAGAUGGAGAGAGUGAUGAGGAACAAGCAGGUCUGAGAAGAACAUCUACGUUGGUGUCAGAGAGCAGAAUCCAGAGGAGGCCUCCAAUGGAGAAUUUGAAAGAGAAGGAAGGCACUUAUGGGGUCAAAAAAACGGUGCUCUCUAGAGGAACAGACCAAACAAGAUGGGAUAUUACACAGACAGAGCUGUUGCAUCUUUUUCAAUGACACAUACUUCUGGA